AUGACCAGAGAUCGACAGAGGAUAACAGCUCGAGUGUAUUUCUCGUUGAUUGCUGUUUUAUUGUGUCUGUUCGGAUACUUGAGCAUAACAGAUGCUACUCGAACCGCAGCAAAGCCAGGACAGUGUCCACCCCAAUCAUCUGGGAGAAGAUCGUGUAUCAGUUCCUGUAAGAGUGACUCUAACUGUCCCAACAAUGAGAAGUGCUGCAGCAAUGGAUGUGGACGUUACUGUACGGCUCCAUAUACAGUGAAGCCGGGUCAAUGUCCCAAACCGAAGAACAUUCCACUGUGUGCUGAAAGCUGUUUCCAUGAUGGCCAGUGUCCUGCCACACAGAAAUGUUGCCCAACCACCAGUGGCCAGGGAAGUGGUCAAGAAAACGGCCAGGGAAGUGGUCAGGAAAACGGCCAGGGAAGUGGUUAUGGUCAGGGGAGCAGUCAUGGUCAGGGGAGCGGUCAGGGGAGCGGUCAGGGGAGCGGUCAUGGUCAGGGGAGCGGUCAGGGAAGCGGUUACGGUCAGGGGAGCGGUCAUGGUCAGGGGAGCAUUCAGGGAAGGGGAAGCGGUCAGGGGAGCGGUCAUGGUCAGGGGAGAGGUCGUGGUCAGGGAAGCGGUCAGGGGAGAGGUCGUGGUCAGGGAAGCGGUCAGGGGAGCGGUCAGGGAAGCGGUCAAGGUCAGGGAUGUGGUCAUUGAAACGAUCAUGGGAAUUUUGCAUAACACCUACUGGAGAUCUUUUCAGUUCAGUGCUUUAUUCAUAUGGCAUGUUUUCCCUGUUUGCUCAAACAGUUUAGAAAGAUUUUU